GUUUGAAGGCUCGCGGGUCUCAAAAUAGGUCAUUCUAAAGCACGACAAACGCACGAUCGAUUUGGACAGAGGAUGCAAAAUUUUAACAUAAAAGGCGAUGAUUCUUCCAUGAGAAAAGACUAUUUUUCGGGCAAAUGGGCCUGGAUUUGCGACAGGACCAAACAUCAUUUGACUACGUGGCACAAUCUACCAGUUGUACUACACGCAAGAUGAGGGCCUGCAUGUCCCUUUUCGCUUUUCUCUCCAUGCUUUCGCUCUUAAUGGGCGUUGCUCCAAAUUAUAUUUCCCGUUCACCCAGGCCAGCACCUGCUCCAGUGCCGGGGAUCUGGGACGAUUUUCUGGACUUCCUCUCCGAUGUUAUUGAUGUUUUGAGCGAGGCUGGGAAAGCCAUAUGGGUUGAGCUCGAUGAAGCCGAGCAGAAGUUGCUCGAAGAGGACGAUAGCCUCGUGAUUGACGGAUGCCACGUUGUGAGAUGCGGAGUUGAGCUCGGCUUCACGUCUGCCAAGUGCCUGAUUGACGUUGUGGGUACAAAGGGCAUAGGCCAGAUUGGCAAAAAGGAGAAGCUUGGCUGCUUAUAUGAGGUCGCCAAGACGAUCAAUGAUAUUCAGAGUCAUGAACUUUGCGAUCACUGUUGGAACGUCAUCGAGAACAACGUCCUGCCACACUAUGGUCCUGGGAAAAGAUUUCAGAGCGGUGUGAAGGAAUUUGGCCACGAGACCGUGACAGGUUGA